AUGCUCGUGCUCUCGACUCGUCAGGCCAUCACCUCUGCGUUCCUCCCCAAGACGACGACGUCCACGAGUGCGGCCGCCCUGCUGCUUCUGAUUCAACGCCGGCUCGCUUGCGCCUCUUCCUCUGCCUUUGGCUCUGCGCGAUCAAUCCACCUCUGCGCCCACGCCCGGGCCCGCGGUAGCAUCGGCCUCGGUAACGGACACGUCAACGACCUCGCUAGGUCCCCCUCGCACUUGCAGACAUCUGCGCCCAUCCUCGUCGUCUUUUUGGGUCAAACACGUCACCUGUCGUCAACCGGACCCACCACCGAAUUGCACAUCAUGUCACCCCAACUAAGGAAACGCCCCUCUCGCAACCUCAGUACCAACGCCUCCGGGGCUCCCUCCUCAGCAACUCCACCUUCCUCCACCUCAGCUGCCGGUCAGCAGGGAUCCACGUCGAGUGGCAAACCCCCCUUGUCGCAUUCACACUCGCACUCGCACUCGCACGGCGACCACGCCGAAGAAGCCGCCGCUCUCCUAUCAGCUCUACGCGGCUCUUCCGACCCGGGCUCACGCAUCACCCUCAUCGGUCUCGGCGCCAACGUCGGCCUCACCGCCGUCAAAGGUGUCGCAGGGUGGAUCCUCGGUUCGGCGGCUUUGCUCGCCGAUGCGGCUCAUAGUGGGAGUGAUUUGUUGGCGGAUGUCGUGACGUUGACGACGUAUCGCAUGAGUCGAAAACCCGUUAGCGUCAAGUACCCCUAUGGUUACGGAAGUGAGUGUGAAUGAUCUGGCAGCUCCGGAAGGGAUGAAGAACUCAUCGUUGUCACAACUGUCGGUAGAGUACGAAUCGGUGGGAUCCUUGGUCGUCUCGAUUCUCUUGAUUGGGACCGCGCUAGGAAUCGGCAAGUUCGGCUCUGGCGAAGAGUGUUUGACCAGUGCCAAAGCACUAAACCUACCAAAUCCUGUCUUUUAGGUCUUCACUCGUACCACCUUCUCUUGACGACCCUAGCCACGAUGCCCAACAUGAACCCGGAGCUCCUCGCCUCACUCGACCUUUUCCCGCACGGCCAUUCUCACGGCGGUGUCUCGGACCAUUCCCACGACCACCACGGCUCCUCCGGUGAAGCCGAGAUCGUCGAUCCUCGUGCCAUGUGGUUCGCAGCAGGUUCGAUCGCCGUCAAGGAAUACCUUUACCGCGCGACGCUCAAAGUUGCCAAAUCUGAACAUUCCAACGUCCUUCUCGCUAACGCGUUGCACCAUCGUUCGGACGCGUUCGGGUCCCUCGUUGCUGUUGGAGCUAUUGCGGGAGCGUACUUUGGGUUCCCUGUUUUGGAUCCUUUGGGUGGUCUAUUGGUUUCGGGCAUGGUUUUGAAGCAAGGUGCUGGAGUUGGAGUGACGGCGCUCAAAGAGCUAGUCGGUGAGUGCGCCAUCUCAGAACUUUUCCCAAGUAGGAACAAAGUCGGCACCUGACUAAGCUCAUCUAUGUUCCUAUCCACUCACAAUAGACCAAGUCACGGACCCUUCCCUCCCACCUCGAAUCCAUUCCGCCAUUCUCAAAUUACGCGACCCUUCCCUCCCUUCUCUCCCACCUUACACCCAACUUUCCUCCUCCUCCCUCUCCUCCCCCUCAACAAGCGGCAACCCUUCCAACUUUUCCUCCGCGGAUCAUUCUCUCCACGCAACCGAAGCGUCCGAAGCUGAACUCGAAGGAACCUUUCCCAUCUUGAGUAUCCUUUCCAUUCGAGUGAUGGCGUCCGGACCGAGUUUAUUGGUCGAUGUGGUCUUGGGUUUACCGGAUGGGUUAACGUUGAAGGAAUGUGCGGAGGUGGAGAAGAGGGUCAGUGAGGUUUGUAGGAGUGAAUUGGGGGGCAAAGAUAGGGUUAGGGAAGUGGUUGUUAGGAUGGUUGGGGAAAGAGCGGAGGAGAUGGAGGAGUGA